GGAGAAUAUGGAAAUAAUAAAUGUUCCUAAUAAACGGCAAUUCUUCCCUUCUUUGACAUUUUGACUCAUCUCUUUUCUUUCUCUCUACGAUUCAUCACAGUUAAAAAAAAAAUCAUCUUUAGUUUCUCUCUCUCUUUUGGUGGAUUAUUACAGAGCGAGAGAGAGAGAUGGAAAGAGGAUCAAGAAGAGUAAAGUUCACGGAACACUGUACGGUCAAACCCGUGCCAGCUAAACCAUCCAACGGCUCUCCGAGAGUGGUCCGAAUCUCUUUCACCGACCCUUUCGCCACUGACUCAUCAUCUAGCGACGACGAGGAAGACGACAAGGCUUGUCCGACUCCGAGAGUGAAACGAUACGUGGAGGAGAUUAGAUUCGGUGAAACCAAACCCCCGAGAAAAGCAGCUAGAUGCAAGGCGGAGAAGAAAGGCGGCGGCGAGAGAAAGGCUAAGGCUGACGUGUCAGCGAAUCCUAUAAAGUACAGAGGCGUGAGGCAGAGGCGGUGGGGAUCCUUCGCGGCGGAGAUAAGGGAUUCGUCGACGCGUACUCGGAUUUGGUUAGGGACUUUCGCCACGGCGGAGGAAGCCGCCGUUGCUUACGAUCGAGCCGCGAUUCGUCUCAAGGGUCACAACGCUCUGACUAAUUUUCUGACUCCUCCUUCGCCGGAGGAAACGCCGGUUAUCGAUCUGAAAACGGUUAACGGGUGUGAUUCGGGGAGCCAGAGCCUCUGUUCUCCGACGUCUGUUCUUCGGUUCAACGUCAAAGAGGAAACGGAGUUGGAGACGGCGGAGGUGAAGCCUGACGUGGCGGGUUUGUUCCCGGAUCCGUAUUCGUUGCCGGAGUUGUCUCUCGCCGGCGAGUAUUUCUGGGAUUCUGAGUUUCCUCCGGCGCCGUUGUUUGUGGACGAAAUCGAAAUCCAUAAACCUGUUCCGAACCGGAGAGAAGAUGACGAACCGGAAGAGUUCUCGUUCCAUUUGAGUGGAGAUUUCGAUGCAACUCCAUGGGAUGUCGACAAUUUCUUCGAGCUUGAUUAAUUAAAAAAUCGAUUUUUACUGGUUCUGAGAUUUUUGUGACGAUGAUGAAGACGUGGACGCAUCUAGGCCGUGUGCUUGCUUUUUUCGUUCAUUGACGUGGACUGUUCUGAUCGGCUGGACGCUGGAGCGCGAGAAUAGCUCCGUUUAAUUUUAACUGUGGCUGGUUACCAAGUACAUUAUCUAUUCUAUUAAAAUAGCACCGUCACCCA